AUGGCUGCAGCUGUCACAUCUUCAGAAGAUGAAACGCAAUCGAAGUCACCAACGAUUUCAUUUAUUAAUUCACAGAAAGGAAAACAAUUGCUAAUAGCAAAUGAAUACAUUUUCAAAUUAAAUAAAACAACAACUACUACAAAAUAUUGGAAAUGUGUAGUUAAUAGUUGCUCUGCUAAAAUUCAUACAGAUGUGAAUGGUCAUUUAGUUAAAAUAAAUGAUGAGCAUAGUCAUCCUUCAGAAAAAGAAACUAUUGAAGUUCGUGAAUUUCGUGAGAAAGUUAAACAACGAGCAGUAAAUGAAACAACACCUAUGUUAGUAUUAACGUACGCAAUAAAACAUACUUCUCUUAAGUCAGAAUUCUAAAAUACUCUUUUCGAUCAUUUUCCACAACAAUAUAUUUUGUUCGACAUUUUUCCCCAUCGAUUUUUCGACGUUUUACCUUUCGACCUUUGGACG